AUACAUACUCGUCUAGUCACGUGUCGAGGUUGCGCGCGCAGCAGCCUACUACGCCGCAACUGCGCGACCAAUAGAAAUGACUGUAGUGUAAUCAACCGAAGGCCGAAGUCCGUAUUCCCCUUGUCACGGGAGGGGAGAUUGUCUCUGGAGGGGAGUGCAUUGUCGCGCGCAAGGAGGGGGGUACUAUGUGCUAUUUAUUCGUCAUCAUCUAAACAAGUUUUAGUGUUCGAGUCGCCUUCUACGCCAGUGUGUGUAAAGGUGGACGUCAGGAUAAUUAGUUGGCAAAAUUUCCUUUAUAGUGUCCCUUUUCUGUAUUUUCGUUUAACGAACUUAAAUCAUCAAGGUUUAACUACAUUUGUUAAUCAUUUCUUCUUUCGUCAUUAAAUCUGCUUUCCACAUUCAGAAUGAAAGUUAUUCAGGGAAUUUUGCUGCUCGUCGCCAUCGGCAUCACCAAUGGCGCGGAAGCUAAGCUGCAAUGCAAGGGGCCACACGUGAAUGUGCCCAAGGAUUGGAUCACCAUGGUGCCGCCCUGCAUCCAGAAGAUGAGAGACCAGGUGGAGAUUGAGCUGAGGGCUGCCGUUACCUACCUGGCCAUGGGCGCCCACUUCUCGCGUGAUGUGGUCAACCGGCCAGGCUUCGCUAAGAUGUUCUUUGAGCAUGCCAAUGAGGAGCGUGAGCAUGCCAUGAAGGUGAUAGCGUACCUGCUGAUGAGGGGCGAACUUACAUCAGACGUGGCCAAGCUUAUCAGGAACCCGAUGCCGCUGAAGGAACACUGGGAGAGUGGUGUGGCGGCCUUGAAGGAUGCGCUCAAGCUUGAGACCGAGGUCACCAACAGGAUCCGUUCCAUCAUCAUGGAGUGCGAGACUCCCCAGGGCGAGACCUUCAACGACUACCACCUGGUGGACUACCUGACCGGAGACUUCCUGGAGGAACAGUACAAAGGCCAGCGUGACCUUGCCGGCAAAAUCUCCACCCUCGACAAGAUGAUGGAGUCGCACGGCGCGUUGGGCGAGUUCCUGUUUGACAAGAAGCUGCUCAAGGGACAGCCCGUUUAGGGUGUGUUCUUUGCCAGAUUAGUUUGACUAAGUUACUGUCUGUACAAGCAGUUGGAAUAUAUUGUAAUGUAACACAGAUCAAAGUUUAUAAAAAGUAUUUCUGUAAAUUUCAAAUGUAAUAAAUUUUCGGAAAACUGAAUUAGGGGUGUGAUGUUAAGUGAGAAAACAAUGUAUACUGCAUUGGAAUAAAAAUUUUAAAGUUA